CGUCGUGAGAGAUAGUUUCGAACGAGUCGCUAAAGAACUUCAUCGCCUCCUUCGACCUUCUUGUCGGUUCAGAAGUCACACCUCCUCGCCGUUCUUCUGUUGGAUAGGAAGGAACAAAGACAACGGGAGCUUGCUCGUUGUGAAGGAUUUAGCUUAAAUAGUGCUCAAAUCCAGCAUAAAUCCUGUAUCCGAACAGCACCUAAUACAACUAUACGCAAUGGCGGCGCCACCAACCGUAACCCUGAAGAAGAAUUACCGGUGCUCACGGUUCCUGCAGAAAUUCUACAGUGGAGGCGCCUACGCCGUCUCUUCCGACGGCUCCUUCAUUGCCUGUGCCUGUAACGAUGAGAUCAAGAUCGUCGAAACAUCGAAUUCUGUUGUGCGGGAGAUUCUCGAGGGCGAUGGAGAGGAAGUCACUGCUCUAACCUUUAGCCCUAACGAUCGGUUCCUCUUCUCUGCGAGUCACAGUCGAUUGAUCCGCGUGUGGGACCUCUCUUCUUUCAAAUGCAUACGGUCAUGGAAGGGUCAUGAUGGCCCAGUGACAAGUAUGUCUUGUCAUUCAUCUGGAGGCUUGCUUGCGACUGCUGGUGCAGAUACAACCGUGCGUGUUUGGGAUGUUGAUGGUGGAUUUUGCACACACCUCUUUAGAGGUCACACAGGGGUUGUGACAUGCAUCGCUUUCCAUCCUGAUCCAAAAUGUUUAUUAUUGUUUUCAGGAAGUGAUGAUGAGAGUGUACUUGUUUGGAGUCUUGAAAGCAAGAAGCGGAUUGCAGCACUAAAAGAGAGUGAUACUUCACGUGUCUCUUCCCUGGCGAUUUCUGAGGAUGGAAGAAGUUUGCUUAUUGCUGAAAGAGGAGGGGUUGUUACUAUAUGGGACCUGCAAAAGUAUAACCGGCAACAAACAGUAACUAUUAAGGAGAAGGAUAACCCGUUCGAGACAGUUAACACUGUUUGCAUUAUUCCGGAUGGAAGUUUGAUAUUAACUUGUUUGAGCCAAUGCAAGUCUCAAAACAAGGAAAAUGGGGUUGCUAUCCAGCCAAUCUAUUUUUUAACUGUUGGUGAAGAUGGGCUUGUACGUAUAUGGUCCUUUUUCUUUAAGAGUAGUGCAGUUUGCAUUUACAAGCAGAAAUCUUCUGGUGCAAUGCCUGGGUGUGUUAAAUCUGGUGUGGGGUUCUUGUCAGCUUUUGUACUACCUCAGAAUCAAGGGCUGCUCUGUGUGACCUCUGAUGAGCAGUUCCUUUUUUACCGCCCAGAAAAAUCUUCUGAUGGAGCAUUCCAAUUAAGUCUGUAUAGAAGGCUGAUUGGCUAUAAUGAACAGAUACUUGAUAUGGCAUUCUUAGGUGACGAGGAACAAUAUCUCGGUGUGGCUACAAAUUCAGAACAGUUGCAAGUUUAUGAUCUGGAAUCCAUGUCAUGCUCUUAUGUCUUAAGUGGGCAUGCUGCGGUUGUAUUAUGUUUGGAUUCAUGCAAAUCAAAUUCUGGAAGGACGCUUAUAGUAACUGGAAGCAGGGACCACCAUGUUAGACUCUGGGAUGCUCAAAGAAGAAGCUGCGUCGGAAUUGGCAAGGGCCAUAUGGGAGAUGUUGGUGCUGUUGUCUUUUCAAAUAAGUGGAAGAACUUUUUUGUUAGCGGUAGUAGUGAUCGAACUAUUAAAGUAUGGAGCUUUGAUGGUGUUUCUGAAGAUGUGGAUCAAGAUGUUACUCUUAAAUCAAAAGCUGUUGUUGCUGCUCAUGACAAGGACAUAAACUGUCUUGCUAUCUCACCAAUUGAUAGUCUUGUUUGUAGUGGCUCUGAGGAUCGUACUGCUUGUAUAUGGAGGCUUCCCGAGCUUAUAUCUGUGAUGGUCUUGAAAGGACAUAAGAGAGGAAUAUUUUCUGUUGAGUUUUCUCCUGUUGAUCAAUGCGUUCUGACAUCUUCAGGCGAUAGGACCAUUAAAAUUUGGGCGAUUUCUGAUGGUUCAUGUUUGAAAACAUUUGAAGGUCAUACUGCAGGCGUAUCUCGGGCCUUUUUCCUUUCACGUGGAACACAAUUUGUUUCUUGUGGUUUUGAUGGCUUGGUGAAGUUGUGGACAAUUAAGUCUAAUGAAUGCAUUGCUACUUAUGAUCAACAUGAUGAAAGGAUUUGGGCAUUGGCUAUUGGCAGGAAGUCUGAAAUGUUUGCUACUGGCGGUGAAGAUGCAGUUAUUAAUCUAUGGUUUGACAGUACUGCUGCAGACAAGGAGGAGAAUUUUCGAAUGGAAGAGGAAGCAAUUCUUAGAGGCCAAGAACUCGAAAAUGCUAUCUCAGAUGCUGAUUAUGCCAAGGCAAUUCAACUUGCAUUUGAACUGAGAAGACCACAUAAACUUUUUGAAUUGCUCUCUCAACUAUGCAGGAGAGAUGCUGUAGAUCCCCUCGAGAAAUCUCUCCGCAAUAUUGGGAAGGAUGAACUCCGUGUUCUUCUUGAGUAUGUUCGGGAGUGGAAUACAAAACCUAAACUGUGCCAUGUUGCCAACUUCGUGCUUUUUCGAGUAUUUAAGUUGUUUCCGCCUACGGAAGUUAUAGAGAUAAAAGGCAUCAGUGAACUUUUAGAAGGUCUUAUUCCUUACUCGCAGAGGCACUUCAGCAGAAUUGAUAGGCUUGUGAGGAGCAGUUACUUGUUGGAUUACGUUUUAAAUGAAAUGUCCGUCAUAGAACCUGAGAAUGUUUCACUGCAGUCCAGUGAAACAUCCGUGUUGUCCUCAGAGUUUGUUGCGCUGGAGAAGCAUAUUCCUUCUGAACUUUGUAAGCAAGCAAAUGAUCACCAUGAAGUUAUCAAUGAAGAAUUCAAGGCAAUUUCUCCAGAUGUGGAAGAAAGGGUUUUUCCAAAGAAAAGGAAAACAAACAAAUCAAAGAAGGGUUUUUCAGCAAAGAAACUAAAGUCUGCAUCUACUAUUGCCUCUAUUUCAUGAGAAGUGACACCAGCAUUUUUAGGCAAGAAUAAAACACAAGAAAGUGAGUCAGAAUCCGAGCUGAAGGAUAUCUGAUUCUUGAGAACAUUUCAAUUUCAGGUGAGUAUUUGUUUUUAUCUGAGCUUAAAAAUAUAUUAUAAUAUUAUGCUUUAGAUUCUGGCCAAGAUUAGGCCUGGGAAUUCUUCCAAAUGAGAAAACCUGGAAAUUGAAUACUGGCUAAUAAAAAUGGCUUUCCUUUGCA